AUGGCGGCCAUUCGCCAACUAGCAUACGGGACGACACCCGAUUCGUUGGACGAGUAUUUAAGGACGUCCGAAAGGACAGCACGUGAAUGUGUGUACAAGUUUUGCGAAUGGGUGGUGAAGCUAUAUAAUAAGAAAUAUCUACGGAAACCAAACACAAAUGACGUCCAAAAAUUAUAUCAAGCGCACAAAGAAAGACAUGGUUUUUCAAGAAUGCUCGAAAGCAUUGAUUGCAUGCACUUGCCUUGGCAGAACUGCCCUACUGCGUGGCAAGGUCAAUUUACUCGAGGCGAUCAUGGUCAUCCAACUAUAAUACUAGAGGCUAUUGUGUCACAAGAUCUGUGGAUUUGGCAUGUUUUUUUCGGUGUUCCUGGUUCGCUUAACGACCUUAACGUCAUCUACCAAUCAAAGUUCUUUAACGAUGUCAUAACAGGAACUGGCCCAGACACCAGUUUUACAGUUUCGGGGGUGGAAUACAGAUGCGGUUACUAUCUUGCUGGUGAAAUAUACCAAACGUACUAUACAAUUGUUAAAACUAUUCCGCACCCGACAUACGAUAAAAGAAAGAAAUUUGCCAAGUUUCAAGAGGCGGCGAGAAAAGACAUUGAACAGUGUUUUGCGGUUCUACAAAAAAUGGCAUAUCCUUGA